AAGCGGCCGCCGCGCUGUCAGAGUGACGUAUCGUGUCGCGCGUUUUCCCGCCAAAACGCGUGUUCCUUCACGACUGUCAAAUCAAAUUCGAAAUACGAAAAUAGAGCGUUUGUUUUUUGUUUAUUUAUGCUCAUCUUUUUUCAAGAUGGCGGUGAAUUUAAUACAUGAAGGAUGAUUGUUUUUUGUGUGUUUAAAAAUGUCGUGUGUUUUGUGACAGUGGUGGUUUCUAGUGUUGUGUCGCAGUUACCGAUAAAAGGCGAUAACUAAUAGGUACUCGUCGAGAGCGCACGUGUGUGAAAAUUGGAUCAAAAAGUGUGGAAAAAUAAGUGUUACGAAAUAAAAGUGCAAUAACAUUACGAAAAUAAAAGUGUGUCUGGCCAGUGGGUGACAAAAUUCAAAAGUGGAAUUCCAAUUUUUAAUUUAAAUUCGGAAUUCGAAAAAUAAAAAAGUGUUACCGGCCAGUGGGUGACACCGGCCAGUGGGUGACAGUGUAGUGUCAGUGUAACCCUGUGUAUGAUGAGUGGCGGGUAUGGAUGAGCCCCAGACUAUCCAUAAAACCUGCGUGAGGGUUAACUCCGCUGAGGAUGAUGAGUCCAGAGACGAGAUCGACCAUGAGUUACCAAAGAAAAACCCUUUUGUUCGGGGUUCAGACCCGCGCGUGGCGACGUGCCGCGGACGGCUGCAGACCCGGCGAUGCCAGCUCAACCAGGAGAUCAACAAGGAGUUGCGCCUCAGAGCCGGCGCUGAGAACUUGUUCAAGGCAACGACAAACAGAAAGCUACGCGAGACAGUGGCCCUGGAGCUGAGCUUCGUGAACUCCAACCUGCAGCUGCUGAAGGAACAGCUCGCGGAGCUCAACUCCUCGGUAGAACUGUACCAGAGCGACAGCAGCAAGGAGUGCGUGAUGCCUAUGAUCCCGUUAGGCCUGAAGGAGACCAAGGAGGUGGACUUCAGGGAACCCUUCAAGGACUUCAUACUGGAACACUACAGUGAGGAUGCGGCUGCCUAUGAGGAUGCUAUAUCAGACUUUAUGGAUAUGAGACAGGCGAUGCGAACGCCAGUGCGGUCAAGCGCGGGCGUGGCGCUACUGUUCAAGUACUACAACCAGCUGUACUUCAUCGAGCGCCGCUUCUUCCCGCCAGACCGCUCGCUCGGCGUCUACUUCGAGUGGUUCGAUUCGUUAACAGGAGUCCCGUCAUGCCAGCGAACAGUGGCUUUCGAGAAAGCUUGUGUCUUGUUCAACAUAGCUGGCAUCUACACACAACUUGGCGCUAAACAGGACCGCUCGACAUGUGCGGGUCUGGACGGCGGCGUGGAGGCGUGGCUGCGGGCGGCGGGCGCGCUGCGCUACGUGCUCGACAACUUCACCAACGCGCCCUCCGUCGACCUCGCCGCCGACACGCUGCUCGUGCUCGCCGCGCUUAUGACUGCGCAAGCUCGCGAGUGCCUGUUCGAGAAGCUGGUGCUGCAGGCGGGCGAGGCGCGAGGCGAGCUGCGGCGAGCGCCCGAGCUCUGCCUCGACCUCGCGCACGAGAGCGCGCAUCUCGCGCACACAUACCGACAGCUCUACGAUAAGAUGCAAUCUGAAGGUGUCUUCAACUACGUGCCAUACUCGUGGGUCUCUUUAGUCCACGUCAAGACUGAGUUUUACAAAGCGUUGGCGCAUCAGUACUGCGCAACCGGUCUGCUGAACAUGCCGGAGUCGGCGCAGUCUCCAAGUCGCCUCGCCUCGCUGUAUGAUCCUGACACACAUCUCGAAAACGGUUCAUCCAUAUCUCCGACGCUGAAGGACGCGGACGUGGACUGGGCGGCGCUGGGACGCGCACAUCUCGCUGAGGCGCUCACUCUGUACGAGGAAGCGCUGAGGCUGCAGAGGAUGUGUCGUGAGUUGCGCGGCAAGGAGGCGAUCUCGCUGGUGGUGCGCGCCGCACUGGCGCGGGCAGCACGAGACAGGGCCGCGCGCGACGCCGCCGCUGACGACUUCACCGACCUCAUCGACGCGCCCAACGUCACGCCAUCCUCAAAAUUCCAACUGGCCCUAACACAACCCGACUUCGCUCAGCACCGAGUGGAAGACCUCUUUAAGUCUCUGGGGCCAAUCGCCAUAUUCUCCGCCAAACGCCACUGGAGCGCCCCUCGCCUCGUCCAACUACAGAAGUACAGAGACGGAUCACGACGCCUAGAGAGACCACGAAACGGAAACACAGAAGACUACGAAGAAACAAGAAAUGGCAAACACAGGACUGACAAGCGAGACCGAUCGGAAGACAACAGCACAUACUACAACCAAAUAAUCAGAAGCGACGAGAAAUAUUCCAAUGACUACGAAAAGAAGAAACUGCACAGGGUCACGAAACAGAACGGAGUCUAUAUAAAUAGUUAUAACAAUAAUAAUUAUGAGUAUCAUCCGAAGGUUUUGGAUUAUGACUCUCAGAAUGAGUAUAAGACUAAAGGGGAGGGGAAGAUUGAGAAUGGAGUGAAGGAGAAUGGUAAAGCGAAGAAUACGAGACGAAAGGACCCUCUGAGGAGGGCGGCGAGUGAGUACAACGUGUCUAAUGCGAAGACUGAGGACGAGGGCUUUGGGUUCUCCGUGAGAGGGGAUGCGCCGGUCGUUAUUGCUGGGGUUGAACCUAACUCUUUGGCAGAUAUCGGAGGCAUGCGAGAAGGCGACUUCAUCAUCAGCAUCGGAGACACGGACGUGAAGUGGAGCUCGCACGACGAGGUGGUGCGGCUGAUCCAGGCCGCUGGAGACACGCUCACUAUGAAGCUAGCCACGCCGAUGGAUAAGAGCUGUCUAAAGGCGUCACCCGAAACUCCACGGCAGUCAAACUCGAACCAGGGUUCCGUAUCAGCGGCAUCUACCGCCUCAAGCGGCUCCACCGCCGUCACCGCUCGCUCGUCAGCGCGACGGGCUCCGUCCUGGAACCCCUUCCGCCGACACACCACGCGCGACAACAGCUCCCAUCGCGGCUCACACACCAGUAAUAUUAUAUUCAGAUAAAACGCCUCUUUGGUACAGCGCCAUCUAGCGGAGGUGUUGAUAAAAUUGUUUGUAACAGCGCCAUCUAGUAGCUGCAAUUUGAAACUUACAAUGUUAGUGCGGCGCUGCGGCGAUGUUUUGUUAAAAUUAAACAGUAUCAAUUAUUAGGAUGUUGAUGAAUAAUUUGCGAUUCGUUUUUUGCGAAUCGUGUGAUUUGUAAGUUAAAAGGCGUCUUAUUGUCUAUAAUAUCACUGGUCAUAGUUAAGAUAAAUUUCAUAAACUUUCAUAAAAUCACUGUUUAUCUAAUUGUUCAUUGGUUAAAGAUUGUCACAAACGCAUCAAGUCACAAAACCGUUGGUUUAAACGAAUUAGAAGGGCCAUUUAUUUAUUAAGUCUUAAACUAUUCUAAGCUAAAAUGUAUACCAACGUCAUCUAUUAUCAGAUACCUUCAACUACUUAUAGAUUCUUUUUUGGCGUGAGUCUGGGUUGAAUUCUUAGGUUUACUUAAGAGAGCGAAGUUCGCUGCUAUUAUAUUUAGGUUCCUAAAUAUAUAGUUAGUUAUUGGGACCUUACAUCGGCUAUGAAACUCCAAAGUUUUUCUUUUAUUAUUAUAUAAGUUUUCUGCUUGGCAAACAACAGCAAUUUUUUAUCCAAAUUCUGUACUUAAUUAAAAAAAUAUUUAAGUUUGAAAUAUAUAUACCUUUUUUCUUUGAAAUUCUGUUUGCCAAGUAUGUUAUUUACUUAGUACUUACUUACUAAUAUUCUAGAUAUUUAGAUAACUAUAUCUAUGUACUUAUCUAAAACAAUUAUGUAUUUAUGAUUUGCCUUAAAACUUUUUUUGCAAUCAUUCUAUUACAAAUCUGAGAGCCUUUAUUUUCCUAUGAGAAUAUCUGUAAUUUUUCUUUCUGUAGUUUUUUUUUUCAAUAAUUAUUUCAAUAAAUAACUGUCAAAGUCCUAAAAAAUUACAAGCCAAUUUAAGUAUAUUGUAUUUAAGUAUAUUGUAUGUAUGUAUGAGAAAUCGAUUUUUAUCUAUUGUAGGUUUAUAUUUAUUUUUUUAUCUAUUAAUGGUAUAUAUUUAUUUUAACCUUUAAUUGAAGAAUUCAAAUUGCACUUUUUUCCAAAUUAUCCUACGUUAGGUGAUUGCCUAUUUCAAUGUACUGUCACAUCUUUAUAUCGCAAAAGACGUGCACAGAACUUGAAAACGUCGACAUUUUGAUUUAAAACGAUACUUUUCUCACUUUUUUAUAUAUUUUUUUUCAUCUAAAUGUGCUUGUUACGAAUUUAAAAUGUCUGUCUGAAAAAAAGGCAGGCAUCUAUUGUCUACGACUGAUUGAAAGUGUACUUAACAGAUAAAAAAUUAUAUGUAUAUUUUGAUUAAAAACUUAAUUAUGUAUAUUCGUAGUAAAUAGAAAGUAUAUGUCACAAUUUAUUUAGAUUUAAAUGUAAUUACAGUAUUUUAGUUAAUAUUACAUAAAAUAAUGUUGAACUUAAUUAUUAUUUUGGAUGUGAUCGAUUUUAAAGAAAAGGCAAAACUUUUGGCAAAUAUUGAUCGCGUCCAAAACGUAAAAUUUUAGAUUGAUUGUAACAAUUUAAAAUUUUUGAUUCGACUCGUUUUUAGUUUUUGUAUAAUAUUAUAAAAUAGAGUAAAAUGUAUAUCAUUGUAUAAACUUGUUUAAGAUAAAACUGUAUAAAAUUGUUGUGGUUACUUUUGAACAAUAAAGGAUAUUUAAAGGCUA